GGGGCCGAUCUCGAGGAGAGCUCGCCGGUGGUGCUGCGGUACCGCACGCCCUACUUCCGCGCCUCCGCCCGCGUCCUCAUGCCGCCCAUCGCCCGGCGCCACACCUGGGUGGUGGGCUGGAUCCAGGCCUGCAACCACAUGGAGUUCUACAACACCUACAGCGACCUCGGCGUAUCGAGCUGGGAGCUGCCCGACCUGCGAGAAGGACGAGUAAAAGCCAUCAGCGACUCGGAUGGGGUGAGCUACCCCUGGUAUGGGAACACCACAGAAACCGUGACCCUGGUGGGGCCCACCAACAAGAUCUCCAGGUUCUCGGUGAGCAUGAAUGACAAUUUCUACCCCAGCGUGACGUGGGCCGUCCCCGUGAGCAACAGCAACGUGCCGCUGCUGACCAGGAUUAAAAGGGACCAGAGCUUCACCACGUGGCUGGUGGCCAUGAACACCACCACCAAGGAGAAGAUCAUCUUGCAGACUAUCAAGUGGAGGAUGCGAGUGGACAUUGAGGUGGACCCCAUGCAGCUGCUGGGGCAGCGGGCGCGGCUGGUGGGCAGGACUCAGCAGGAGCAGCCGCGCAUCCUCAGCAGGAUGGAGCCCAUCCCGCCCAACGCGCUGGUGAAGCCCAACGCCAACGACGCCCAGGUCCUCAUGUGGAGGCCCAAGAGAGGGCAGCCCAUCGUGGUGAUACCUCCCAAGUAGGGCGUGCAGGUGAGCACAGGGUGCCCCCAGCCCCGCUGCAUGCGGACAGGGCGCCCGAGCCACAGCAGAGCUCUCGGCUUCUCCUGCCUUUGUUGUUGUGGUUGGAAACGUGGCUCCUCCUCGGGCAGAAAUAGAGCCUGGCUGGCACGAGGGCGCAGAAGAGGGUUUGCUGAGCUGGAGGAUUUCCCAGGAAGAGGAAUGGAUGGAGUGUUUGCAGCUGGCACGGAGGCUGUCUGACGUAAAGGACUUGCCCUUCCUCGCCGGGCAGCGUGAGGAGCAGGAGUGCGGUUGGACCGUGCCCGUGGCAGAUGCUGCUUCCCACCCAGCUGGAGGGAGAAGCAGAGGCUGUGCCUGCUGCAGUGCCCCGUGUCCCUGCUGUGUCCAUACCUAUGCAUUUCAAAUGGAUAACCCAGCCCUGGGAUAGGACCAGGCAGUGGGGUGGGAAUGGGCAGUGCUGGGGGGCGAGCAGAGCCCGGUGCUGGUUGCUCCCAGGGGGAGUGGGACACGUUUUGCAUGCAUCUGGGUGUGUUUGGAGUAGUUGUGAGUGUAGGAGAUGCUCUUUUCCGUCUUGGAGUGAGGUCUAAGGGCAGGUUAGAUGUCCUUUUGUUUUAAGGUGCACUGAGUCUUUGCUCAGCCUCCCCUCCCAAGUCCUGCUGGCCCUUCUCUUACAGAAGCAGAACGGAUUCUCAGCCAAGUGAGGAAUGGGGAGCGGUGCCAUUCCCGCAGCCCAGGUGCUCAGUGUGUGUGGGGUACCCAAACCAGCUCAGAGGUACCCCUGGAGUCACUUUGCUUCACUGCAGACCCCACUCCCUUGCUAGAAGUUGGGUGCUUGCUCGUUUUCCAUGCAAAUGCUGGCUCACAUGGAGACCUCUGCCCCAGCCACCCACAGAGCAGGAUGGCUACUGGCUGGGCCACCAGCAGAGGGGGUGGCACGCCUUGUGGUAACUCCCCAAGCUCUGUGGAAGGCAGGGAUGUGAGUGGAGGCUGCUCAGGGCAGGCCUGGGUUUGGUGAAUGUGCUGCCUGCUGUGCUUGGGAGGGGUCACAGGGGGAUUUAUUUGCCUUUCUCCUCACUCCUUGCUGCCUGGAUGGCUGGCAUCAGCUGGUCCAUGGGGCAGCAGGGUGCUGUGGGGUGCAGCUGGCAGGUCCCAGGAUCUCACCCCGGAAUUGCAGCAGAGGCAUAAACCAUGGCUGUGCUGCUGCUGCUGCUCUGGGUGCUUCAUCACUGCUGGGCAGGUGGUUACAGCUUCUGCUGCUUUCUCUGCUCUGUCCUCCCCAGCACGAGCCCUGCAGCUCCUCCAGCUUGCAGCCCUGCCUUGUUCAUGCUGCAGGGGGAUUGUGCUGCCCUGGGGAUGCAGGUCAUUCCUGGGCCAUUCCUGCUGGGAAGGUCCCACGUGCUAUCCCGUGGCAGGACAGCCGGGGGAGGAGCGCUGGGUGACACUUCUGUGCACAGGGGCUCCUGAGGCAUCUUAGACCAAAAAUCCCUGUGAAAUCCCCGUGCUAUUUAUUGCCCUCAGUAGUGUUUGCUGCUGAUCCAGUUCUUUAUUUAUUUUUUGUCUGGGAGCGUUUCCUUUUGACGCCUUGGCUCAGCAUUUCCCUGUGCCGGGGCCGCUCCUGCUCCUCCCGCCCGGCCUCGCGCCGGGCUGGGAACCUGCUGCUUUCCGUGCCUAUGUCGGGGUUUAGAGGGGCUGCAGCCUUGCUGUGGGGCAGGUUGGGAGGGAGAGAGGGCUUUGAGCUUUGGUUUGCUGUGUUUUCUCCCACAGGGAGCUUGCUGGUGUGGGAAGAUGUCCUGCUCUUGUGAGACUGUGGUUUUGUCCUGGUGUGGGACUGAUGGCAGCUUUUGCCAUCGCUGAUGUUUUGUUUCUCAAAAAGUGUGUGUGGAGAGGGGUUAGAAACUUGAAAUACAAUUUUCAUUAAGGACUGGGGGAGGAGGGGUAAGUACCUUUUGAUUUGAAGUAAGACAGGUGUAUACUUUUGACCCAGGGGGACAGAAACAUCUCUGGCAGCAUCAGAGCUAAAAGGCCAGAGGAGGGGGUUCCCCAACAAACAGGUAGCUCCAAGGGGGGCUUCCUGCUGGGAGAAGGUGCUGUGUGAGCCAGCUCCCCAAAACCCAUGGGAAAUGGCUGCAUGCUGCUGUCAGCCCAGGGAGCUCUCUGGGAAAGCUCUACUGCAGGGAUGCUG